AUGUCAAGGAAGAAAAAUGGUCGUUUUGAUGGAACGUCAGAAGAAGAAAUAAUGAAGAAAUCAAAGACACUGUCGGAUUACCUGCAACCAGACUUGGAUGUCGUCUUCGUGGGCAUAAAUCCAAGUUUAACAGCCGCGUACAAAGGUCGUUAUUACGCUGGUCCUGGUAAUCAUUUUUAUAAACUUUUGCAUGCGUCUGAAUUGGUUCCUAAGUUUGUUAGCUUUGAAGAGGACAAUAAACUUCUUGAAUACAACAUUGGGCUGACCAACAUUGUUGACCGCGCUACGCGAUCUUCUGCUGAUUUAAAUGCCAAGGAAAUAAAGCUUGGGUGCGAUAUUGUUAAUGAAAAAUUGAAGAAAUUCAAGCCCAAGCUCGCGGUUUUUAAUGGAAAGUGCAUCUACCAGAUUUUUGCUCAGCAGUUCGGGAAAACUAAGUUCAACUUUGGUCUUCAGAACGAAAAAAUUGGGGACACUGCUCUUUGGGUCGUACCUUCUAGUAGUGCCAGGUGUUCUAAUUAUCCGAGGAUGGAAGAUAAACUCUUUUUUUAUCAAGCUAUUAAGAAACAUAUUUUGUUCUUAAGAGGGAAAAUUGAUGAUCUUAAUUUGAACGAGUUUUACAACAUGGAUUUGAGUAGACCAGUCGUGAAAAAAGCUAAAUCGAAUUCUGAUUUUAGUAAAAAUUGUACGGAAACUAGUAAUGAGUAUCCGCAGUAUUUUAUAGCUGAAAUUCUUGAUGGUACGCAAAAUAAAAAUCAAAAUGAAUUUUGGUGA